UUUAAUUCUAUACUUCUUUGUUGCCAUGCGGUAUUCCAAUCAACAGGUCGGGUCCGACGAUGACAGCGGCUCUGAUACUGAACUGUCGGAAGUCUUCUCGGACGAUGGGAAUAACGAUUCUUUAGACAGUGUAUCCGAGCCGGACAGCGGCGACGACGCUUCAGAUGAUUCGAAUGACGAUUCUACCCUCGACGAUGUAGAGGCCGUGGAACUUUCUGCGGAACACUACCUCCAAGAGGCUGAUUGCCUCGAUGUCUCGCGGCUUCGACAGAAACGAUAUAGUCCCCGCACCCAGGAAAAGUUGGACAAGACCCGAGAUUAUUGGGAAUGUUUCUGUCGUGAUAGCAAGUAUGAUCCAGUGGAACGCUUUCGCUGGCUAUCAGACUCGGAGGAGACGGUGCGCUUUCUAAAGGCAUUCUUCUCCUGGCGAUGCGAUCGGCGACGGGGCAAGAAAGGCCGCAAAUCCCCUGGAAUCAAAUAUAAGAGCUCAUUAGAGACCUUUUGGAAGUGGUGGCAUUUGGUUUAUAAGGCAGAGAUUGGUCAAGGGCUCAGCAAGGACACCACUGUGAAGAUUUUAGACGUGCUGGCAAUUAUUGCGGAAGAGAAAAAGCUUCGGCUCGGACGCCGCCCGAAAGCUACGAUGUAUAUCGAGGACGUGGCCGAGUUCGCUCGCGUACUCCUAUCCACCACUGAGAUGACUUUUGAAUGUGGCUGGCUUCGCGUACAAGUGCUCCUCUACUGCCAGCUGGCAGCUAUCACGGGGAGCCGCCCUGGGGCUCUAUUAAACCUUCGCUAUCGAGACCUUUUGUUAACCUUGAUCCGGGAUCCGGAGGGAGGAAGCCCUCGAUUAUUCAUAUAUCUGACCCCGGAAUUUACUAAGACCUUCUUAGUCCUUAGUCCGCACGUAUUUCUUCUUGGCAUGCUGUUUCGCAUCAAAGCAUUCAAGAGUUUCUCGACCGAUGGGCCCGUGGUGGACUGUCCAGAAAAUCUGUAUACUGUCGGCAUUCUAGGGGGUCUCGGACAGCAAGAGCUAAAACUAAAGGAUGAGAUUCUUGAUCAGUUCGUGUUUUGCCAAGUAGUGCGUGAGGCAGAUGGCUUUCGAAUUGCCUUGGAAAAACAACUCACGGGCGGGUUUCUACGGUACCGAAUGAGGCGUGGGGGUGAAAUUACGGGUUUCGAACAGGUCACCAAGCCAUAUGGUCUCCGUUAUGGAGCUGCUAAAGCUUUCAACGACAGCCCGGACGUAACCAAUGAGCUGCAGAAUGUGAUGUUGCAGCAUGCUAGCAUCAAUACGUUCAUAAAGCACUAUAGUGUGGGCAUCCACGUCGAUGCUCAGGCGAUUGUUCGGGGACUGCCAGCUGCGAAACAACUACUGCGAUUCGCCGCUUCCAUGAGCCGGUCAAUUGACCCCCGACGACCAUAUAAGCUGAAUGAUACAAGCUGUGUCAACGAAGUUCCAUGCGUGCUUGUUUUGAAGAAACGUUCCCAAGCAAGAAAGAACAAACUACACCAGAUGACGCUGACUUUUGAGACGGCGAAACAGGCAUUUGAGCAAACUUUUGGGGCUUACAAACAAGGAAAGAAAAUAGUCAAGGAGAAAUACAAUCGGGCUCAACGCACGUAUCGGAAUGAAUGGCAACGACAACGUAACCGUCUGGUACGAGAGAAUCUCGAGCGAUACAAGAAUGAGCAACCAGUCAUCGACGUUGAACGGCAGCUUGCAGGAAAGUUUGUGGCUGAAGAUGUGAUGGGGGCGCUGCAGCGCACUGGAUAUAUGACCCCGCAACAUAUGACUCUGAUUGACGCUGUUCUGACCAUGCCGGGCGCCACUGUUAAAGAGGAAUAUCAGCGUCGGAUCUCCGCGAUCAAUGCAGUCAUCACCUUUUGUGAUGUGCAAGAAGGAUGUCCCACUAGACAACCAAAUGUCACCAAGAAACGUCACGCUACCGACGCCUUGCCAUCUGCUCCUGUGAAAAGGCAGGGAUCCCCGAGGGUGGACGGUGUCGAAACUGGUUUCCGUCAGGCAAUGGCGUCGGUUUGCAUAAAAUCCCCAGACGAGAGGUCAACGAUUUGCUUUCUGUGUGUUGCAAAUCCUAAGCUUCCUGCUACGGAGCGAUUGAGGGUGCAUAGUACUCCCGGAUCUCUCACCCGGCACUUCAUUGGUAAGCACGUUAAACAUUUCCCGAAGGAUGUGCACGUCCGAUGCAAUGUUUGUAGUGAGGAUCUGCCGCAUAAGUCAGCUUUAAUGAAUCACGCGGAGCGAGUGCAUGGAAUUGUUUCACACACUAAUGAAUGUGCUAAAUCUAUAUAUAGCUAG